UAGAGGCGGCAGCAUGCUCAGCGCAGUCGCCGCACAAUGCCACAUACAAACUUACCCGAGCUGUGGAAGUAGACAUCUUUACCUUCAUGCCACCGCAAGGGUGAAAACAGGAGCCAAACAUAUAGAGCCAAAGAUCAGAACUACAGCGGUCAAGCAUCAGCAGCCGCUCUGGUGAUCCGCUCUGCUCAGCACAUUCAGUAAGGAGAUUUAUCACACGCAACCUGAAGAGAUGAGCAGCGGCAAGAAGAUGGAGGAUGAGGCGGUGCUAGACCGGGGGGCGUCCUUACUCAAGCACAUCUGUGACGAGGAGGAGGUAGAGGGUCACCACACCAUCUACAUCGGCGUGCACGUGCCCAAGAGCUAUCGGCGUCGGAGGCGUCACCGCCGGAGAGCUGGCCACAAGGACAGAAAGGAGAGGUUGAUGGAGAACACCUCUGACAAGUCCGACACAGAAAACAACGAUGAGGCCAGCAACAGCAUCCUCAAACCUCUCAUCUCACCAGCAGCCGAGAGGAUCCGCUUCAUCCUCGGUGAGGAGGAUGACGGCCCAUCACCCCCCCAACUCUUCACUGAGUUGGAUGAGCUGCUGUCGGUGGAUGGACAGGAGAUGGAGUGGAAGGAGACGGCCAGGUGGAUCAAGUUUGAGGAGAAGGUGGAGAAAGGAGGUGAACGCUGGAGUAAACCCCACGUGGCCACGUUGUCCUUACAUAGCCUUUUUGAGCUGCGGACGUGCAUAGAGAAAGGCACCAUCAUGCUGGACAUGGAAGCUUCCACUCUACCUCAGGUUGUUGAGAUGAUCACUGACAACCAGAUAGAGAUCGGCCAGCUGAAACCAGAACUGAAGGACAAAGUGAUGUACACGUUGCUACGGAAACAUCGUCACCAGACCAAGAAGUCCAACCUGCGCUCUCUGGCUGACAUUGGCAAGACGGUCUCCAGUGCAAGUAGGCUGUUUUCCAACCCGGAAAACGCUCGUAGUCCUCUUGAGACCUCUAUGACUUGCCUGUCGACUCGCGUGUCAAUGGAGGACUUGCAGACCCAAAGGAGUACCAGCAUGGACUGGCUUAAUAGUCCUACCACAACUCACCGGAACCUGACCUCCAGCAGCCUGAACGACAUUUCUGACAAACCGGAAAAAGACCAGCUGAGGAACAAGUUCAUGAAGAAGUUGCCGAGAGACGCUGAGGCCUCCAACGUGCUGGUGGGGGAGGUGGACUUCCUGGACGCUCCAUUUGUGGCAUUUGUUCGUUUGCAGCAAGCUGUGAUGCUGGGAGCCUUAACGGAGGUUCCUGUUCCCACAAGGUUUUUAUUCAUCUUGCUCGGACCCAAAGGCAAAGCCAAAUCGUACCAUGAGAUUGGCAGAGCGAUUGCCACGCUGAUGUCAGAUGAAGUCUUUCAUGACAUUGCGUAUAAGGCCAAGGACAGACAAGACCUGCUGGCUGGUAUCGAUGAGUUCCUGGAUGAGGUGAUCGUGCUUCCUCCUGGAGAGUGGGACCCGGCCAUCAGGAUAGAGCCUCCGAAAUCCCUCCCCUCCUCCGACAAAAGGAAAAACAUGUAUGCAGGAGGGGAUUCCCAGAUGAACGGAGAUAUGCCUCAUGAUGGAGGUCAUGGAGGAGGGGGACAUGCUGUAGGGGAGGAGCUGCAGAAGACUGGAAGGUUUUGUGGUGGUCUCCUACUUGACAUCAAAAGAAAAGCGCCUUUCUUCCUCAGUGACUUCUACGAUGCAAUGCACAUUCAGGCUUUGUCGGCCAUUUUGUUUAUUUACCUGGGAACUGUGACAAAUGCCAUCACCUUUGGCGGUCUGCUGGGCGAUGCUACAGAAAACAUGCAGGGUGUGUUGGAGAGCUUUCUGGGCACAGCGAUCGCCGGUGGGGUUUUCUGUCUGCUGGCCGGCCAGCCUCUGACCAUCCUCAGCAGCACCGGUCCUGUUCUGGUUUUUGAACGGCUGCUCUUCAAUUUCAGCAGAGAUAAUGAAUUUGACUACCUGGAGUUCCGCCUGUGGAUUGGCCUGUGGUCUGCGUUCUUCUGCCUGGUGCUCGUGGCCACCGACGCCAGCUUCUUGGUUCAGUACUUCACUCGAUUCACUGAGGAGGGCUUCUCCUGUCUCAUCAGCUUCAUCUUCAUCUACGAUGCCUUCAAGAAGAUGCUCAAAUUAGCUCACCACUUUCCCAUCAACUCAGACUACAGGAUCGACUAUGUGACACAAUAUGACUGCCUCUGUAUGGCCCCUGCUGUUCUAGAGAAUAGUACAGACAUCAUUGAGGAUCCUUUAGAAGGUACCUCAGAAUGGAUCUGGAACAACACUGAUCUGCCAGCGAACGCCACAUGGUCGUCCCUCACAAGGACGGAGUGCUUAAAGUACAAAGGAGAGCUGGUGGGGAAGUCCUGCGACUUUGUCCCCGACAUCACCCUCAUGUCCUUCAUCCUGUUCUUUGGCACGUACACCUGCUCCAUGUGCCUGAAGAAGUUUAAGACCAGCCAGUUCUUCCCUACUACCGUGAGGAAACUCAUCAGUGACUUUGCCAUCAUCCUGGCCAUCCUCAUCUUCUGUGGAGUUGACAUGCUCGUAGGAGUCGAAACUCCCAAACUCAUUGUGCCAACUGAAUUCAAGCCAACAAGUCCUAACCGAGGCUGGUUCGUGCCCCCGUUCGGAGGAAACCCCUGGUGGGUUUACCUGGCUUCGGCUCUCCCUGCUCUGCUGGUCACCAUACUGGUCUUCAUGGACCAGCAGAUUACUGCUGUGAUUGUCAACAGGAAGGAGCACAAACUGAAGAAAGGGGCAGGUUACCAUCUGGAUCUAUUCUGGGUGGCCGUCCUGAUGGUUAUUUGCUCCUUCAUGGGUCUGCCGUGGUACGUGGCCGCCACCGUCAUCUCCAUCGCUCACAUCGACAGUCUGAAGAUGGAGACAGAAACAUCGGCCCCUGGAGAGCAGCCGAAGUUCCUGGGUGUGAGAGAGCAGAGGGUAACGGGUGUGUGUGUGUUCAUCCUGACAGGACUGUCUGUAUUUAUGUCUCCUAUUUUAAAGUUUAUUCCCAUGCCUGUGCUGUAUGGAGUCUUCCUAUACAUGGGGGUUGCCUCUCUCAACGGAGUGCAGUUUAUGGAUCGUAUCAAGCUACUUCUGAUGCCAGCGAAGCAUCAGCCAGACCUGGUUUACCUGCGACAUGUCCCCCUCAGGAAGGUCCACCUCUUCACCUUCAUUCAAGUCCUUUGCUUGGCUCUGCUCUGGAUCCUCAAGUCCACCGUGGCCGCCAUUAUAUUCCCUGUCAUGAUCCUCGCUCUGGUGGCUGUCAGAAAAGCGAUGGACUACAUGUUCUCCCAGCAUGACCUCAGCUUCCUGGACGACGUCAUCCCAGAGAAGGACAAGAAGAAGAAGGAGGAUGAGAAGAAGAAAAAGAAGAAACGAGGAAGCAUAGACAGCGACGCUGAAGACUCUGACUAUCCUUACAAUGAGAAAGUUCCCAGCAUUAAAAUCCCCAUGGACAUGAUGGAGCAGGAGCCUUUCUUAGGUGAUAAGGCCUCUGACAGAGACAAGUCCCCAUCAUUCCUUGAACGACACACAUCGUGCUGAGCAGCUUCGCUACUACAAGGCCAACUGCUUGUCCAGUCCUGAGAUGAGUCCGCUGAAGCCUGUGCCUCAGAUUAGAAUAGACAUGGACCCAGACGAUGAUAAUUCUUUCUACUGGAGGGGCAGAGGCUCUGAAACGUCUCUGUAGAGCACCAAACCACCGCCAGGCGACUCCUGCAGAACCCGCAAGACAACUUUUACUUUCCUUUACAACAACAAUAUCCUUUUUAAUCUCAGAAUCCUCUUCAUGAUUUCAAAACUUUGUUCUGAGUUUAUCGUACAGAAAAGAAAGGUCUAACACGACACAAAAAAAAUUUUGUUUCUAAUGAUGAAGCCAUUUUAAAACCAUUUCUUUGCUCACAGUCUUCUCGGUAUUUUUUCUCACAGCUUCACAGUAAACAGAUAAAUGUAACUCCUUACUACUCGUCUAUGCAACUCUUCCCACAUAUCAACAGUAAAUGCUGCAGCUCUCUGACCGCGCAUGAAAUGCCCUCCCUGCUCUUUUUUUUUUAUAAAUAUAUAUAAAUAUCAUCCGUCUGAAUUUUUAUAUAAAUCAGAAUUACUCUAAUAACAUUUUCCUGUAGCAGGAAAAUUAUGUUUUUAUAGCUCUACCUCUUGUUUUAGAUUAAAUGCUUAUGAACAAAUGCAACAUGUUGAUUUUUGAUGCAGCAUGGGGUUUUGAUAUUUUCUCUCUGUCUUGUAGAGUUGAAACGAUUCAAGAGAUUCACUGUAUUAUAGCUUGUGAAGGAAACGUGUGCAAAUAGAUUAAGUUAAUUAACAGUUAAUUAACAAUGCACAUUUGUAUGUGCAGAUGAGGUAAAUAUUUUUAUUAUCACUUUUUGAUGCAGUUUUGAUCGCUCCACUUUCUCUUUCUAAUUUUCUGAAUCUUUCUUUUACGUGUUCACUUCAAAGCUUUUGUUACUCUUUUA